AUGUGGAAGUCGAUUAACUUUCUCACCCUGCAUUACGCAUGGAUUAUCACCCUCAGCCUUCUGAGCUUGGUUAUAGUGUACCCUUAUGGUAACUUGAAAGCCGUCGAUGCUUAUUUCUUCGGUGCCAGCGCGUCGACUGAGUCAGGUAUGAAUACUGUCGACAUCAAAGCUUUGAAGACCUACCAACAGGUGUAUCUAUAUCUCAUUCCGAUCUUGGGAAACUUAGGAUUCAUCAACAUCAUUGUGGUUGUUUUUCGGGUUCGAUGUUUUGAAAAACAUCUCAGAGCAACUGCACCGCAUCUUUUGAGACCUGACACGCUCUCUGGACAAGACGCAGAGGCGCAAGUCAAGUACAAAACCGAUUUGAGCAGCACUAUUGACGAAGCCCCAAGCGAUCAAUCUAUAAACCACAAAACAGAUGACUUGGAUGAGGAUAAGGGGCGUGAUGAGACCCGAGAAAAAGCUCCAAGGGUUUCCCAGGAAUUGAAGGAUGCGAAAGUCGAUGAUACAGCCAACUCGAAUAUCAACUCGGGAAAGCAAGUCAUUCAUUUUGCUGACGACCAGUCAUUUUCCAACAAGGACAAAGCUCUGUAUAUCCCCCCUCCGUGGAAACGUGAUAGAGGCACCCCGUUUUCUGAGAUUGAUGGAAAGGCUGAUGAUGACGAUGAUGGACGACCCGAGAAGGUUCUUCGUCGACAAACUACCAGAAGCAUAUACUCACGUACUGCAACCCUUGAACGCGUUGUAACCUCUGUGUUCGUUUUGGGAAACUCUCCUAGCGACGACCAGAAGAGCCAAGAAAGAACGCACAAUGGCAUGAAGCAGCUCGAUUUACCGAAUAUUUCUUCACACGCUACAAUAGGCCGGAACUCCCAGUUCCACAACCUGUCUGCUGAAGAUCGAGAAAGACUCGGCGGUAUUGAAUAUCGAAGCUUGAAGCUUCUGUUGAAGAUUGUGGUGGGAUUUUUCUUUGGUCUGCAUCUCCUCGGUGCAAUCUGUCUGGUUGGAUGGAUUCGUCAUGCACAUCCAAAAUAUCGCGAUUAUCUUGCUGAAUGUGGGCAAGGCAAUGUUUGGUGGGGCAUUUACUCCGCUCAGACGAUGGUUGACAAUGUUGGCUUUACUCUGACACCAGAUUCAAUGAUCUCCUUUCGAGAUGCGACAUUCCCAAUGAUUUUUAUGAGUUUCCUUGCAUUUGCCGGGAAUACUUGUUAUCCAUGCCUUCUUCGACUUGUCAUUUGGAUCAUGUCCAAGGUCUGCCAUUCUAAAUCCUCGCUCAAAGACCCCCUCAGAUUCCUGCUCGAUCAUCCGCGACGGUGCUAUACGCUGCUUUUCCCAAGCCGGCCAACCUGGAUUCUCUUCGGAAUAUUGUUCCUCAUGAACUUAAUCGAUGUCAUUCUCAUCCUUGUGCUGGACUUGGACAAUCCCACCGUUAAUAAUCUCGCUCCUGGUCAACGAAUUCUUGCUGCUACUUUCCAAGCAGCAUCAGCGCGUCACACGGGUACAUCAACAUUCAACUUGGCUGAAGUGAGCCCCGCCGUCCAAUUCAGCUUGGUCAUCAUGAUGUAUAUUGCAGUUUUUCCAAUCGCGAUCAGCAUAAGAGCUUCCAAUGUUUAUGAAGAAAAGACUUUGGGUAUAUAUGGUAAUGUUAGUGACAUAGACGAGAAUGAUGGCCGGUCUUAUAUUAUCAGCCAUAUUCAGAACCAACUGAGCUUUGACUUGUGGUACAUCUUCCUCGGCUGCUUUUGCAUCUGCAUCUCCGAGGGUGAUAAGAUCGCAGAUACGUCGAUUCCGGCCUUUUCUGUAUUCUCGGUGUUAUUCGAAGUUGUUUCAGCAUAUGGCAAUGUUGGGCUCAGUCUUGGAUAUCCCACCGUUUCGACAUCUCUUUGUGGAGAGUUUACCGUUUUCAGCAAGCUCGUCAUGUGCGUGAUGAUGAUUCGAGGCCGCCACCGUGGAUUGCCUUACAAGCUUGAUCGUGCCAUUGUUCUCCCAGGCGAGCGCCUAGAAGAAGAUGGCCGAGAUCGGGAAGAGGUUCAACCCUUGGUUGACUGA